AUGGCCGUUGAGGCUCGCCAUCUUCAUCUCUUUUCCCCUCAACUCAUAACCAACAGAGAAACGAUGAACCCUGUUGAAACAAACGUGAACAACCUCUACAACAUGGCUUAUUCAUCUGUUCCACCGGCUUCUAUGAAAACCGCCGCGACGGAGGCUCUUAUUCUACCACCGUACAACUCUAUAACCGCUGAUUCGUUGCCUCAGAAAACUGCUAUGAACUCUGAUAGUGGUCUCACUUACAACGUUCCCAUGAGAAAACGUUCUAGAGAUUCCAGAGACUAUUCGAAUUCUAUCAAUUACCCGUUUCAGAAUUCUUAUCUUCAACCUUCAACAGCACAGCAGAACAACAAAAGUUGUGCCUCUUCAUCUUUCUCUUUUCUCGGUGAAGACAUUUCCCUUCAGAUCCAACGCCAACAACUCGACAUCGAUCAACUCAUUGCACAACAAAUGGAGAAGGUGAAAUAUGAGAUUGAAGAGAAAAGAAAGAGACAAGCGAUGAGGUUGAUUCAAGCUAUAGACAUGAGUGUCACCAAGAGAUUGAAGGCAAAAGAAGAAGAAAUAGAGAAAAUCGCUAGAACCAAUUGGGCUUUAGAAGAAAGAGUUAAGUCACUCUGCAUGGAGAAUCAAAUAUGGCGUGAUUUGGCUCAAAGCAAUGAAGCAACCGCCAAUGCUCUGCGCUCCAGUCUCGAACAGCUUCUCGCACAACGCGUCGGAGACGAUAACGGCGAUACCAUUUCUCCGGUCGGUCGACACGCCGCUUUGAUCAACGACGCUGAGUCUUGUUGUGAUAGCAAUGGGAGUAUCAACGAAGAAGAAAAUGUCGUGGAAUGGCGAAACUGCGGUGGUGGUGGUGGUGAUAGCGGAAAUGGUGGAAGCAAUUUUGUGAAUAGCAUGAAACUAUGCAGCAACUGUGGGAAAGAUGAAUCAUGUGUGUUGAUUUUGCCUUGUAGACAUCUUUGUUUAUGUGGUGUUUGUGGGUCUAAUCUUAACAUUUGUCCCAUUUGUAGAUCUUUCAAAACUGCUAGCAUCCAUGUUAACAUGUCAUGA